AUGGACCCGUUUGUGACGCAGAAGGAAUUCCAGGAGGAGAUUGCGAAGAUGAAAGACGACAUCCGGAAGCUGCAAGAGGGCGCUGGCACCAAGAACCCCGGGUCCUUGGACACGACACUUGAGGCUGCGGGAAGUGUCUCCGCUGGCAUGGAGAUCCUCAAGGACGAUAUGCUGGACAAAGCAUUGUACUUGCUGCAGAAGAUGCCCAGCCGGUCUCAGCCCCUGCAAACCAUCAUGCACGGGCUAAAGCAACUCCAGAAGGUCGCAUGGUGGGAAGGCUCCUUCUCCCCAGAGCAGCGCGGCAAACCGCUCAAAGAGGCACUCAACGAGAAGACACAUGACAAACGGGCUUAUCCGCUUGUAUAUAGAGCAGCCGCGGGCCGCAAGCUGGAGGAUUUAGUGCAAGUUUUGGUUGAGACGCCAUACGUGGAUAUUGAAGCCAGAUCCAGCACUGGAUCCGCCGCCCUGCAUGGAGCAGUUUCCAAUGGGAGGGUCAAAUCUGCGGAGCUCCUCUUGUUUGCCAAGGCGAACGUGAAUGCAAAGAGGUCGGACGGAAAAACCCCUUUGGAUUUGGCUUUCGAACACGAGAACCACGAGUUCAUUGACCUGCUGAAGAUGCAUGGUGGGAAGCAGGGCAGUGAGCUGUGA